CUAAAAAAUUCAAAAAAUAAUUUCGGCUAGCUAUUUUAGAUGAGGUGUUAGGUUGUUACAAAUAAUAUCAAAGCGAACUCGACCUAUAGUCUAUAUGGAUUAGGAGAUAUUGUAGCACAAGUUCAUGAAGGCCGAUUAGAUUUGAAUAGAUUUAAAUUCUUAGUUUGACGAGAAUAUUAGGUAUUGAAUUUGAAUGGAAGGCUGAUUAAAUUUGAAUGGAUUUGAAUUUUCAGCCAGACAAAAACAGUACGCUUGUAUAUAUUAUCGGUAAAUUUUGUUAUAUUUGUCCGUCAAGGCCGCGGCCUAAACUGAAUGAAGGGAACACAAAUAAAGGUUAUAAAGCCCCAAGAGUCAAGACAGCCAAAAAGAGAGAGAAGAGCUGACGCAAGGGUUUGGAUUUUUCUCACAAAAAGGGCUGCGAACGUUUCAAUUCAUAUCUAAGAAAAUACAACGGUGGUGGCAUCCGUCCUAAAAUCCUGUACUCCCAGACUGGGAAACAAGCUGUUUUCUUCGAUAAAUCUCAUUGCCGGCAUCAAUAGUUUUUGGGUUCAUCUACUCUGCGAGCGAGCGUCACCUUUUUCUCCCCACGCGUUCUCUCUCGUCUUCAGCCUCAGCCUCAGCCUCUCUUUUUAUCCACCGCCAGUGCCAUCCCAUCUCCCAAGACCCACCUCAAACUCUCCCGCAUCUUUUGAUCUUUCCGCUCUUCUGGAUCAACUUUGAUUUCUUUUUCCUGAGUGACGACUGAAAGACUUCCUUCGAUCAACUUCCCAAAAAAAUAUUCUUCGCCGCUUCUCUCAACUCCAGCUCCUGCUACUUCCAAGUUCCAAACCGCAUUGAUUAGAGAUGCGCAAGCAUCAAGUAUUUUGGUUCCCAAUCUUCUUCUGUUCCGUCGCCUUCUUCGACACCGAAGAAGCUUCGCGGAUUCCUCUUGGUUCCAAGCUCUCUGUUGCAGAGCAUGAUUACUGGAUCUCCCCCAAUGGGAACUUCGCAUUCGGGUUCUUCAACCACUCCGACCAGCCUAACCGAUUCGGAGUUGGUGUUCGUUUCAACUCGAGAUCGAUCCCGCUUCCCGAGCGAACCCUUGUCUGGGUUGCCGGGGCUCAUGUUUCUGUUGGAUAUGAUUCAUUUCUUCAACUCAAUGAGGCUGGAGACCUUGUUCUCUUCGACUCUUCCGAGGGAGCUACGGUCUGGAGGAGCAACACUCACAAUUCCUCCGUUGCUUGGGCCAGUCUCGGCGACGAUGGAAAUCUCGUUCUCUCGAAUGCACGCCGGGAUGUUGUCUGGCAGAGCUUCGGCACUCCUUCGGACACGCUUCUUCCAGGUCAGAACCUCACCUCCUCGCAGACGCUCCGAGCGGCCAGCUCGAAUUUUGUCUCAAGUUACUAUGGUCUGUCCAUGGAUGCUUCAGGCCAGCUGAGACUCAGCUGGGAAACUAACGUCACCUACUGGAAGACUGAAGCUACUUCCUCAGAACCGAUACUUGCGGCUGUCUUCACCGGAGAAGGGGCAUUUCAGCUUCUCGACGUGAGGUUGAGGCCGGUUUGGUCGAGGUUCGGAGAUGAUCAUAAUGAUUCCUCUGCGAGCUUUCGGUUUCUGAAGCUGGAUUCGGAUGGCAAUCUUCGAAUGUACUCAUGGAGCUCCCCUUCCAACUCGUGGAAGAAGGCGUGGCAAGCUGUGGAGAAUCAGUGCGAUGUCUUUGCCACCUGUGGCUUGUCUGGCAUCUGCGCUUUCACUCCCUCAGGGGAUACAAUUUGCAAGUGCCCCUUCGGCGGAUCAAGCUCCAGUUCGAAUUCAAACUGUUUGGCUCCAGAUAUUCAGGCAUGCGAUGCUAGAUCGACUAUGAUCGCACUUAACCACACAUUCUUAUAUGGAAUUUACCCACCCGAAGAUUUUAUCACCCGGUCUAGCAUCGAGCUUUGCAGGAAUUCAUGUUCACAGGAUCCUCAUUGCACGUCAGUCACUGUUACUAAUGAUGGUAAGGCUCAGUGCAGAAUGAAAAGAACUCGAUUCGUAACAGGUCACGAGCACCCCUCUCUGACAUCCAUUUCUUUUGUUAAAGUCUGCUUCGUUCCAUAUCCUGCACUACCUGGAGAAGUUCGCGCAUCUUCACCUUCUUUACUCAGACGAUCAUCCAGACUCCACGUAUCCUCCGCUGUUCUGCCGGCUUCAGGCGCGCUUGCUGCCUUUCUGGCGCUCCAAGUCGGUGCAUUUCUCUACUUCUUGAGGAGAAGGAAAGCCAUCAAGAGCUCAGGAGCCGCAAGGUUUCCAUGUCGAAGCUCGGUUGGUUUGAUCUCAUUAUCCUACUCGGAGCUGAAAGAUAUAACCAGCAACUUCAAGCACCAGCUUGGGCUGAAUCUGCACAAGGGUGUGCUUCCGAUCGGCCGGGCAGCUGCGGUCGAGGAGUUGAAAUAUGACACGGAAUGCGGGGAAGACAUAGGAGAGAAGCAGUUCAAGUCUUGGAUUUCGGUUUUGGGAGGCACGCACCAUAAGAACUUAGUGAGGUUGUUGGCAUAUAGUUGCAAUUCCGGCCGAAGAUUUUUGGUGUACGAGUUUAUUAAGAACGCUUCAGUCGAUAAAUGGCUGGAAGAUGCUAAACUGAGCAGGAGGCUAACUUGGAGGAAGAGGAUGGAUAUAUGUAUAGGAGUGGCGAGAGCAUUAGCUUACUUGCAUUCUGGGUGCAGGGAAUUUGUCAGCCAUGGGAACCUGAACUGGGAGAAUGUGCUUCUGAAUGAAGAAUUAGAAGCAAAGGUGACUGGAUUCGGCCUGGCGAGGGUCAGAGGCAAUGCUGGCCAAAAUAGCCAGGGGGCUGAAGUGGAUGUGGCGAGGUUUGGGGAAAUGAUUGUGACUAUGGUGAGUGGCCACCGAGGAGGAGGGGGGGAUGUGUGCGGCUGGGCUUACAAGGAGUGGGCGGAGGGACGAGCAGCAGCGAGGGUGGUGGACUCGAGGAUUGCAGGAAAGUUUGAUUUGGAAGAGGUGGAACGCAUGCUAAGGGUUGCAUUUUGGUGCAUCCAAACUGAUGCAAGGCUGAGACCCAUGAUGGCUGAAGUACUGAAAGUGUUGGAAGGUAUGCUAUCCGUCGAUCCUCCGCCACCUCCCUACCCUUGCUUGAAGUCCUUGGAGGAAUCACAUUCUAUACAAUGAAUCUGAUCCUGUAAAGAAUCCAAGAUUGACAGCAUGGAAAAUGAUUUAGAAUGUCAGCAACAAGGAUAAGUAUGCGAUUUUAUGAAUGCACGGAAGCUUAAGGGAGGAAGAGGGGUGGAUGAUAUUGUUAAUGAUAGGAUAGCAUAGGAGAGCUUCCUAGCAGCCUAACUGUUACUACUCAGAAGAGUGCUGUUUCUACUUUCAAGAUGUCAUUUUGUCUUGAAUUUCAAAUAUUUCUCAUCAUAUAGUUGAUAUGAAUUGCUUUAAUCUGAAUGAGUAAUUCCUUGUCCUGUUCCUUGGUUAACGCCACUAAUUUUCAUCAGCAGAUGAAGUUUCCAUGUGUCUGUGAGAACUUACAGUGCAGGUCAUUUUAGUUAAAACUGUUUCGAGUCUUAAAUGUUUGCCGUCAAAAUUUCAGAUCACCUGGAGAUCUUUAGUACAGUUCCAUGGUCAAUGUUAGUUGAUGAAGGUUUUUUUUGUUUGCCCCUCUGAGCUGUCUAAAGUUGGUUAUUGUGUUGUUUGAAGUUGUUGCAAAUGUUUCUUCUGAGUCUGUGUUUCUUGGUGAAAUCCUUGGAAAAUUACCAUGCUUACUUCCAAGUAAUCUUAUCUGCUUUAUGACUCUUGUUUAUGUUUCUCUUGCCUGUUCAUACAACUCGGUAAUCAGAUGACAGGAUUCUCAAGGCUUAUAGUCCUCUUUACUUUUUUUUUUUCUUUUUUCUUUUGAGAAGAUGGAAUAAAUUUGAAGCAAGAAGUAAACUGCUACCCUGCUGAGUUGGUUGGUAUCUCAACAUAUAUGAAAAUUUUAUUAGGUGAAAAUAAAUCAUACGAACACAGAUGGUGAGUCCC